AGUAAAAAAAUAUAAAAACUAUUACUUAUGCUAUGUUGCCCGAAAAGGCGCCAACCAUUUUGCCAAACGGAUUUUUUCACGUUCCAAGAGAGAACCUGCUUUACAUAUUCUGGAUACAUCUAGAAGAGCUGGAAUGGAAUGGACCGAACUUUACAUAUUAUGCGUACACUAAAAAUGGAAAAGAGGGACAAAUUCUAAAUAAUAAUACCGCUUUAUUUAGCGAAUGGGAUGACUCACUCUCCGAGAGCGUUUUUAUUAGGAGUCAGAACUCAAUGGGUCGGUCGGUCAGCUACAGUGAACUGAGAGUGAACUCCCCAAUCAGUUCGAAACUACAUCAGCCGAAUAAUCUUCGGUAUGUUGAAGAACACUUCACUUUCAGCUGGAACCCACCGACUGAACAGAAAAAUCUGAUAGGCUAUGUUGUCUAUUGGUGUAAUGCCUCCGAGAUAAAUCCACGGCUAUGCCAUGAAAAAGAAGACUCUCCGUGGUUGAAGGUGCCUGCAUCAGAGAAUAAAUAUCAUUUCCCUAGAUCGAUGUACCUGAGCCACCUGGGAGUGUCUGCUGACUACAGUGAUCAAAACUCAGGUGGAAUACAGUGGAUUAAUAUCCAUUCACACGAGACAUUAUACUCAGAUCAUGGAUUUAGUUUCCUUAUAGUUCCUGUUAUGGUCGCAGUACUGAUAGUCCUGAUAUCUUACGCCUACCGAAGGUUACGACAAAUGGCCGACAUUCAGGUUAUCCUUCCAGAGGGUUUUGAGAUCAUGAAAACUUCCGAUUCAUGUCAGACCUCUAUCCCAACCGAGGAAUCCAUUCCUAUCCCAAGAUAUCUCUUUCCGAAAGCAAUACGGGAUAUCAGCGUGCUUUUUAAGUCCAAAGAAACCCUUCAAGCUGAUGGGCCACCAAACGAGGAAAGUCUGUACUUUUCUUUAGAAAAUAUGGAAGCAGCCCAAGUUACAGAUUCCUACAGAAGUGAUGUUUUUGUACCACAAAACAUGGAUAGCCCGUAUAUGACCAUGGAUAUGAGUUCCUCUAAGCCCACUGGAUCAUAUAGUGCACAUCCAAAAAUUAAAUAG